AUGCUAUCCUCUCGGCCGAAACAGUUCGAGUCUUUGCUCAAAGACAAGGCGCGGAUGGAUCUACCGCGUGGAGACUCGGAGAAGUGCACGCUGAGGCCAGUUCCGGCCACGUGCCUUACAUCCCACCGUUAUCUCUCAGCCAUUCCGGCCGCACCCACCGAUCCUUUGUAUAGCCUGGUGACCGCAUACGAAGCGGACUCGUUAGAGGACAAGGUUUAUCUAGGAGUUGGCGCGUACAGAGACGAAAAUUCAAAGCCCUGGAUCUUGCCAGUUGUGCGGAAGGCCACGGGCAUUCUGAAUAAAGAUACAACGCAAGAUCAUGAAUACCUGCCCAUUGCCGGCCUUCCAAAGUUUACCGGUGCAGCUCAGAGCUUGGUCCUUAGGACCGACUCGGUCGCGAUCAAUGAGAAGCGAGAAGUAUCGUCGUCCUUCAUGCCUGCGCCCACAACCCGACGGGGCGUGGACCCGACGGAGGACGAGUGGAAAGAGAUCGCGAAGAUCAUGAAGGCCAACGAUCUCUUCCCGUUCUUCGAUUGUGCCUACCAAGGCUUCGCGACGGGCUAUCUCUCGCAAGACAACUUCGCCAUUCGAUACUUUGUCGACCAGGGAUUCCAACUUGCCAUUGCUCAAUCAUUGGCCAAGAACCUGGGUCUCUAUGGUCAGCGCGUCGGGGCUUUCCACUUCGUGACCGCGCCGGGCGCAGAUGCGCAAUCGACGACCGCACACGUCGCAUCUCAACUAUCUCUUCUCCAGCGAUCGGAAAUCUCGAUUCCUCCCAUCUUUGGCGCACAUAUUGCCUCCAUCAUCUUGAAUGACCCGCAGCUGUUUGCCGAAUGGGAAACAGACCUGUUGACUAUGCCGGGUCGCAUCAUGAAAAUGAGAAAGUGCCUGAAGGAGGAGCUGGAGCGUUUGCAGACUCUGGGUACAUGGGACCAUAUUGUCAAUCAAAUUGGUAUGUUUAGCUUUACUGGAUUGACUCCGGCGCAGGUGCUCGAGCUGCGUGAGAAGUGGCAUGUUUAUAUGGCGGAGACGGGCAGAAUUAGUGUGGCUAGGUUGAAUGAUCGGAAUGUCGCCUACUUUUCUCGCGCGGUCCAACUAAGCAUCGUUAUCGGUCUUAUGGAAUCCAUCACGGAGAAAGUCACCGUAUCGAGCACGACCCGGACGGAUCAAGCUCCGAUAUCUCGCGUUAUUCGAUUCGACUACGGAGACGACGACUACCUAGACCUUGCAUACGAAGCGUAUCUAAAAUGGCGAGAUAAUCCUCGAUACAAGGGGAUUUACUUCCCCGCCGACCGCACUAGACAGGAAGAAGCUCCCUUAGUCGAAGCCCGAAAGUGUCGCAUCGACCAAGAGACAGUUCCCCGUGGCCAUCAGUUUCUUGAUGACCCUGCCCAGGACGGUGGAGAAAGUCUUCUGGUUUGCCAUGACAUCAUUUAUAAGCAUCUUUACUGCGACUGUGGUCUUGAGGGUUUCAGUUGGAGUGGAAGCCAAGGGACCGAUAUAGAACGACGUGGCCAGAAAAGACAGCUUCUACAAGGCGUUUCUGGCUAUUACAAACACUACCUUUGCGUACAUUCCUCAGUCGCCCAUAUCGCCUACUUCGAUUUCAUGUCCGAGACGAACGAGCCCCAAAACUAUCCCAAGUCACUAGCACUAUUGCACAUUGUCGAGACGACACUAUACCUUGUCAGCGCGCUGGUAAUCUAUUAUUUCGUUGGUCCAAACGUGAAGUCGCCAGCCCUCUCUUCUGCCGGGCCACUUUUGAGAAAGAUAUGCUACGGCAUCGCUAUUCCGACGGUUUUGAUUGCCGGUGUUAUCGCAGGCCACGUCGCAUGCAAAACCAUCUACAUUCGUAUAUUCCGCGGUUCAAGCCAUUUGCAUAAGCGCAGUCUUAUAUCCGUCGGCUCGUGCGUUGGAAUUGCCUUGACCUUAUGGGUCAUCGCCUGGGUUAUAGCAGAGUCGAUUCCCAGUUUCAAUAGCUUGUUGAGCCUUAUCAGCUCUUUCCUCUGCAGUGUGUUCAGUUACAUUCUUCCCGCCAUCUUCUGGCUGCAUAUCAACAAAGGCCGCUAUUUCUCCACGACUCGAAAGAGCGUGCUGACAAUAGUCAACCUCGGGAUCUUGGCUAUCGUCUCCGCUAUGUGCGGACUCGGACUAUACAUGUCUAGACGGUCCCUCAACGAAAUCACGACGAAUAUCAGCUGGUCAUGCGCGGAUAAUUCCUGA